GCGUGCCUGGGGGCGUGCUGCGGGGCGUGCGCCGCGAGCGCGUGCCGCGGGUGCUUCGCGCGGGGACGGACGCGCGAGAGGCGCGACGGUGCGAAGGACGGCGACGUCGAACGCGGGGACGAUGAUUCGGGCGCGCCGCGCGACGUCGGGGUCGCGUCGUGGCGGCGGAAGUACGCGGGCGCGUUCGUGGCGUUGGCGUUCGCGACGUGGGCGCUGAGAGAUGGGAGAGGGGCGUCGUCGCGGCUCGGGAAGGCGUUCGGGUGGGCGUGUCGAGACGCGCUCGCGGCGAGGAGCUGCGCGCACGAGACGGCGGUGCGCGUCGGACUGGGAAACUCGUUGUUUUUCGCGUUCAUGCUCGUGGUGACGUUCAUGGUGAAGGAAAGCGAUCGGACGAGCGCGCGCGUGAGGUUUAACGAAGGUUUUUGGUUGGUGAAAGGGGUCAUUUGGCUCGGGUUGCUCGUCGCCGCGUUCGCGGUGACGUUGAACGACUACUCUGGGCUGGUGAACGUCGAUCGGUUCUUCGCGGCGGUGUUCCUGCUGAUCCAACUCAUCGUUUUGCUCGGUUGGGUGUACGAUUUGAACGAUAAGCUCAUGUCAGGCAUGGAUGAAGGGGGAAAUCGGAGUUUCGCGCUCUUGCUGACUUCGUCCGCGGCGACGUACGCGUUCGCGUUCACCCUGGUCGGCUUUCUCUACAAGCUCUGGGCGCCGUCGAGCGAAUGUCAUCGAAACAUCGCGCUUAUCACGUGCAUGUUGAUCGUGUGCGUGAUAUUUUCGGUGAUUUCUCUGCACGCCCGCGUCAACGGAGGCUUGUUCACGUCGGGCGCGAUGACGUUUUAUUGCAUGUACGUGCUCGCCUCGGCGUUGGCGUCCGAACCGAACAAUUACGCGUGCACGCCCGCAUCAAAAGAUGGUGAUUUGAGCUCAAUACUCUCGGUCAUCGGAUUCGUCUUUGCCCUGUUCGCGCUCGGCGUCACCGCGCACAGCGCCUCGUCCAAGAGCGCGUUCGCCGGCGAAGGCGCCGAGGGAAGCGAAGAUCCCACGUCGACGUUCAACGUCACCUUCUUCCAUUUCGUCUUCUUCACCGCGAGUUCUUACUGCGCCAUGACUUUCACGGAGUGGACGAACGGGCGGAGCGCCGCCGGUUGGGAGAGCGCUUGGGCCAAGGUCGCGGCGGCGUACGCGAGCGCCGCGCUCUACACGUGGGCCUUGCUCGCCCCCUUCGUCUUGCGCAACCGCGAAUUCCGCUAGCGUCGAUCGUCGCGAAAUCGUCUUAGACACUAG